GUUCAAAUUCAAAAUGACAACCAUAAGUUUGUGCGCCAGCAAGAGAAGGUUAAUGCAAUUCCGGCGCGAGGAUGAUGAUGAUGGACAUGGGCAUGUACGGUACCUACGGCAAGUCUGACUCCUACCCGAACUACGGCUUCGCUGCAGGUGCUCAUCAUCACCACCAUCAUCAUCAAGCGUCCGUCGGUCAUCAUCACCAUCACCACCAAUCCGUCGGACACGUUUCUGUCUCCUCAUCACCCGAACUCGCUGCUACUGCUCAUUACUAUCCACAAACUCCAUAUACCUCAAGUAGUCCGGACAAUUUCAUACCCGACGGUAACAAUGCAACCGCCAGUAGCAGUACGCCACCACAGCAAAACUUUUAUACGACGGAGGAGGGUACAGCGCCGAUCAUCUCGUCGGAAAAUGGAUUGAGCUAUACCAAUUUGGACUAUGCGAAUACCCAACCGCCGGGGUUUGGAGCCGAGCAUCAUCAAAGUUACCAACCGGUACAGGCGAUUUACAGGGCUGAAGAACACCGAGCACAGCAGCAUCCAACGAGCUUGGGUCCACCGAUUCUCAGGGCAUCCGAGUUACCGGACCUUCAGCAGCAUCAAUCUAGUCAUGAUUCUACCGAUUACCAGAUCGCACCGACUUAUCUUCAUCCAUUAAAUGAUGAUACUCUACAGCAACAGUACACGUCUGCUAGCAAUGUCCGACAGGAUAGUGUCUAUUCGCAACAGCAACAUUUCAAAGAGGAGACUCCAGAUCACGUGGUUUAUCAUGGCAUUCAAUCGCAACAGCCAGCGGUCCAUCCGAACCACGUGCACUCGCAUCACCAUACGCAUCAUCAUCCGCAUCAUCAUCAGCAACCCCAUCAUCAUCAGGCGCAACAACAGCAGCAACAACAUCAAGUUUCUCAGCAACCAUCGGCACAAUCUGUACCCACUUACAAAUGGAUGCAGGUCAAGAGGAAUGUACCUAAACCCGCAGCGCCAAAGACAAGUACGAUCAUCGGUGGCGAUUUCGGCAAUCCAGUAGCAGUGUCCACGGGGGUAGGUGCGGUGUAUCCCGGUGCACUGGUACCUAGUUCCAUCUCACCAGGAGGGAGCGGCGCAUUGAGUCCUGCUGGAGUAUCGCUGAGCGUAGCAGCGGCCGCGGCAGCAGCGAACUUCAAUAACACCGGUCGCACCAAUUUCACGAACAAACAGCUCACGGAGUUGGAGAAAGAAUUUCACUUCAACAAGUACCUGACACGAGCACGCCGCAUUGAAAUAGCCACCUCGCUCAAUCUCAACGAGACCCAGGUGAAAAUCUGGUUUCAGAAUCGACGUAUGAAGCAGAAAAAGCGCAUGAAGGAAGGACUCAUACCUACCGCAGUUGCCGGUAGCGACAAUUCGGUUGGCUUGGCUUCGAGCAGUGCACGAAGUACCAGUAACUCGCCAACAAGCUCGUCGACGGGCUUGGACUUGGGAAUGGGUUUGCACGGAUUCGCUGGCUCGGAAAACAGUCGCGACUCGCCUGCCAAGGACUGAUACGAGUAUUGCGAGUAGGAUGACAAUGACGCGUGGACUUUUUAACUACUCUGCAUCGCGGUUGAAAAACAACAGUGACGAUAUUGCUGCAGACUUUCAAUGUUUAGUUUUAUAGUUUUUUGCGUGUAAAAUAUUAAGAGUCAAAUGUAAUGAUAUAAGAAACUUAAGGCUGUUAGAUGGUGUUUUUCGCUGUGCCGUCGGAAGCGGGAGCGCGCUACGGACUUGUGUGCAGGAUUUUGAUGUGUAGAGAGUUGUUGCUGUACGUACAUCGACUUUUCUGGAUUUUUAUACUAAAGCUGUUUAUUUUAAUUUUUUUAAUCUUGCAUUUGUCAAGUUUAUUGUG